AUGGAGAGAAAAGCUGAUCAUGCUACUGCUAAACGCAUCUACGAUGAAUUCAAUCCAGUCUUUAAUUGGAAAAGUGAACAAGAAUUCGAAAUUCUAACAAUUGAACUUCCAGGGUUUAAGAAAGAACAACUUAAAGUGCAAGUAACCUCAACGAGGAAGGUGAGAGUGAUGGGGGAGCGUCAUGCAGGUGCCAACAGAUGGAUCCGUCUCCACAAGGAGUUCCCUAUUCCACCAAACAUCAACGUUGACUCCAUUGCUGCCAUAUUUGAAGGCACAAAUCUUGUUGUGAAGCUCCCUAGAGUAAAGCCAAUAGAGCAACAAACUUCUCCCAUUGGUACAACCGCAAAACCUCCCCCGGUUCACAAGGGAACCGAAAAGGUUCAACCACCAAAGCCAACAAUAGAGAAACAUGCAGAGAAAGCUCAAUUGCCAAAGCCAUCUAGAGAGGAAGACAAGAAAGAAGAAGGUCUUAAAGCUGAAGAAAAGGGAAACGUUUGUGAUGGAGUUAAGCAAGAUUAUAGAAGUAAAAUGCAUACAUACAAGGAGAAUCUUGGAGGAUAUAUGGCAAUGAUGAAGAAUAAUCAGAAAGAAAUAACAAUUGGUGUGGUUGCGCCAGCGGCUGCGGUUCUGUUGCUGUCGAUUGGAUUCUAUGCUAGUCACAUGUUUACUUCUUAA